UUAAAAAUAAAUCAUCUUAGAAAUAUUAAACAAGGUGAAAAAGAGAUAUUACGGGGUUAUACAAGCAGAUUCAAAGCCUAUUUGGAUGCUGUAAAAAAUAGGAUAAGAAGUGAUAAGCAACGGGACUGGUAUCUAGAUAGAAUGCGAGAGACAUAUCGGAUGAGAGUAGAAAACUUUUGUCCAAGAAGUUUCAUAAAAGCUAAAGAAUGUGCAUUUCAAAUUGAAAACUUUCAAAGAGAUAGAGAACAGAAAGAUAAAAAGGGUAUAUCGAUGGUUGGAGAAAAGUCUCAUUCAAGCGAUCCAGAUGUUGAUGGUAUUACCGCCACUCUCGAAGCUCUUACUUUAAAUCGGGUCAAACAAGAAAAUAACAACGAUAGUAAAAUUGAUAAGAUUGAAUCAGAUAUUAAAGAACUCAUGAAGGUGGUUAAAGAACUUACUAGCAACAAUUCAUCUGCUACGUUUUCUCGUUCAAGAAGCCUAAUCUCUGUGCAAAAUCCAAGGGCUCAAAGGAGGAAUGUCGAUAAUCGUCAGUGUUUCAAUUGUCAACAAGAAGGGCAUAUCUCGCGUAACUGUCUAAGCAGAACACUUCAAAAUCCACUUGUUGAACGAGAGAAUGAACAGAGAGAUGUAAGAAAUGGAGCCGUUGAAACAGGAGGCGGAACAUUCGAUAUUUUGAAGUAA